AUGGGAUUUUUGAGUGGUGUGCUUGGUGCGGUGAAAGAUGAUGAAGCAGUUAAAACGUACGAUAAAUACAUGGAUAGAAAGCUUAGUGAAGUACUAAAAGAGGUAAAUAAAAAUAUUGGCUCCGGGCGUGAAGGGCUUGUGGCGUCUGUCGACGCGGUGAAGGGGUGGUUGGAGAAAUAUAAUGAGAAUGUUAAUGAAAAAACAAAAAAAGUAACUGAUGAAUUGAACAAAUUAAACAGAACAACUAUCAAUAAAAAUAUCAGUGAAAUAAAAGAUAAUCUCCCCCUUCAAAAUCAGCUGUCCACUUGGAAGGAGACCGUGGCCGACGUCUUUAGUGAGAUUGUUACUAUUAAAACAAAACACAUUAGUCAGCUGGAUAAGGCGUUAAAAACGAAGAUAAGCAGCGAAAUAAAGGUUAUUAAUAAGUCAGUAGAGAUGCUAGUGCAGUCGGCGAAUAAUGGUACGCUGGCUGAGCAGGUGAGGAAAGUGGAUGAGGAGUUGCAGAUGCAGUUGUGGAAAAUAUUAGAGGCAAUUGGUAAAUUGGAACAUGAGAAAAAUCAGCGAUUCAAUUCUAUUAGAGAGUCUUUUAAGCAUUGUCAGAAAUUUUUGGACGAGAUGUUCGACUUUGCAUACAAACGCGAGGUUCUUGGGAAAUUUGAAGAUAUAAAAAAUAAACUCACGCAACUGGAUUCAAGCAAUACAGACGUUGGUGGUAACGGAAAAAAUUCUAGACUAUACAAUGAUGUUGAAGAACUGAGGUUAAACGUUGAGAAAAUUGGUGAGCAGCUGAAAAUAGGAUCGCAAAAUGUGAGCACUUGGAAGUCAGCGGCCGACAGUGCUGUAAGGGAAGCAAAAGCAAAGUGUGAAGCUAUCUUGGCGAAAGUCCACGAAAAGCCCACUAAAGGAGAAGUUGACAUUAAAGAGCAUGCUACGAAAUUGCAACAAAAGGCAACAAACCUGCUGCAAGGUUAUAGAACGGUACAUAAUACGCUCGAUACGUUAGUAAGAGACAUACAGACGGAGGUGAGUAACCUCAAAGCACAUAUUGCUGAGGACUUGAAGAAGUUGAAAGAAAGUGUGGAAGGUAAAAUAUCAGGUCAUGUCAAAAACGUCAUGAACGCAAUAUUGGGAGCGGCGGGCGUAGCAAGUGCCAGUGUAGCCUAUGGAGCUUUCGAAGCAUUGCGAAAUGGCAAGCUGAAUGGCAAGUUAAAGGAAUUAGUUCAACACAUAACUGAAAACGAUCUCCUCGCAAUGCGAAUACAAGGGUUUCUCAGAGAGCUUAAAACAAAACUUACGCUGUCUUCUGAUUCUACUGUUGAUACCUUACCUAACAACCAUCAAACACUAGCCAACGGUAUUAUCACCGAGUUCAAGGAUAUAGCAACUGUGGAGUUCAAAAAUCCGGAAAAUAUGAAAAGUAACGAAUAUAAAGAUUUUGCGACCGUUAUGAACAAUUAUCAUCACAGCAUUACCGGAACGAGUAGCCAGCUGCAGCAGAAGAUUAAAACGAUUGACAACGCGAUGCAAGAUUUCAAGGAUAUGGCGUCUUUUAAAGACCACGAUGCUGACUUACGAAGAGGCGACAUACAAUCAGCUAAGAAGGCAGUGGAUGCGCACGUAACCAAAAUCACCGACGAACUCAAAGCCAUCGCCGGGUUAGUUGAGCACGACAAGAAACAAGAGUUGCAAAAAGUUGGUGAUCCAGACGGCGUUACGGACUAUCUGAAAGAUCUGGAGAAUAUGUUUACGAAAACUAUCAAAGCAACACUUACUACAGCAGAAUUGAAAUCGCAAACGAUCAAGGGCCUUCAACAAAUACACGACGAUCUUGAUGAAAUCAACACUGAAAGUGUCACAGAGGCCACAGCUCGGCUCCAAGUCUUACUUGCGAAAGUUAAAGAGCUGGAAAAUGUUCCAAAAUUUGUAGAUGAAGCGAAAAAUCAAGUAGUCGAGCUAAUGGAUAAGUUAAGGAGCGAACUGCAUGACAAACUUCACAACAUUCGCAUCGCCGUUAAUUUUGCCAACGAGCGAUUGACACAGAGAACUGACACGCUCAAACAAUCCGUCUCCGCCGCCUUCGCCACCCUCACCUCAGCUGUCCGCUCCCUCUUCGCCGAACAGCACAAAGCCGAUUUGCUUGCUUUGCAGACGCUGGUUGUCGACCAAACCAGGGUUAUAAGAAAAAUAAUUAAUGACGAUAAAACGAUCGGACUCAAAGGACUACUGGCCAAGCUGAGUACCACCUUCACACUUAACAAUCUAAAAUUACCGACUGAUCUUAAGCUUUGUGUAUACGCCGAUAACGUUAAAAAGUACUGUACUAUGUUCUUCGAGAUGUUAAUUACCCAGCCCGACCUCUCCGACCUCUCCCCUGACCGUCUCACCCCCCUCGCCGGCGCCCUCUCCGCCCUCCUGUCCACAAUGCACCAACAACGCCACUUCUCCGCCACCGUCUCCCGCAACCUCGCCGACCUCCAAGCCGCGCUCAACGCCCUCACCCCCUCCGGUUUCGCCGAGGCCUCCCCGCUGCUCAACGUCGUCAAGCGCGGCGUCCAGGCGUUCCACGGGGAGCUCGCGAAGCAGUACGUCAGCAGGUACUCGGGGGAGACGUUUGGCGAUUUGGUGGAGAUAAAAGAGAAUAAAAUAGUAAAAUUAAGACCGUAUGGUAGCAAUAUGUCUAAAGUAUGUUUGACGGUCAUAUCCAUUAUUUACAACGCGUUGAAGAUGUUACUGAAGUACUGUGUUUCAAGAUCAAAAUCGGAGAGAAUCAAUAAAUCAACCGAGCUCGGGAUGUUUUUCACUGAACAAGGCUACGAUGUAUCUGAGAAAGGCAACCAAAAUGGGGAGUUGCAAGAUAAGGAAGGUGUGCUUGGUUUUCAUAUUUACAAGAAGCUCGUGGGUGAUGAUAAACGUGUCUACAAGAAACAUGAUCCUAGACAAGAUGACGGUCCCAUUGCAAUUUUACAUGAACUUCUACAGGAGUAUUAUAAAAUUGGUCACGUCGCCACCUUCUCUGCGAAGAAACGUCCAUGUAACAUAUUCGAGAUGCUUUGCUGGAUUACAGCUUUACCAUGCAAUUCGGUUUACGAAGAGCUUUUAGUAGACGCUGUCAGCGAGUUGUUUGUCGAUCCAAAAGCAAAAGUAAGCGACGGGGAAUUAUCUGCUACGGUCGUCAGCGACAAAUUACCGGCCCAUCCCCAACACAUAGCAUAUGAUGAUACAGUAAGAGCGUUGAAACGCCUGUGUUCGAGAUCGUACGACGUGCUUACUUGUAUUUCGGGUUACGGCGACGAAUACACGACAUACGCCGUUGACUUCUGCGACAACUCUCUCCAACUGUCAUACCCAUCCAAUUCGACAGAAUGUCUCGAACUAUUGCUGGAUAUCCUACGCAGAUUGUUACCGGUGUUCAGAUUCUUGCAUAGCCAGUGCAAGCUGGAAACUCAGCAUCUUGGUUGGUCGAAUUGCCUCUAUGGCAAAGAUAUCUCGACCGGCAAAUCGCAUUGUGAUAAGCAUCCAGAUGACAAGCAAACCGACUGCCUGCCUAGAUCACCGCUUCAAUCGUACCUAUCUGAUACGCUCCCCGGCCACCUUCCUCACAACCUGACUGCCAUGGGAUGCAAAUCCGUAUGCAGCAACUGCCCCAAGAGCUUGCCUGGACAGCCAUGCUUGACACCCCUUGGCUUCAGAGGUUUCUCUGGAAGCACGAAGCCAGGCAAAGAGCUAUGCAAAGUGCUGACCAAAUUCUUAGAUAACUCCAAUAUCAACUCGCUUAUCUGUUUGAUGACUAAACCACCGUCGACGUUGCCUGAACACUUCCAGUUUGCGUUGACAUUAGGUAAUAUGUUGCAUAAAGGUAAAAGCUCCGGCGGUAAUGGCGUCAGUGCAGCAUUUAGAACAUCGAUCGAAAAUGCAUCCAUUCGCCUCUACGAGAAUCCUUUGGAGCUGACCGAUGCGCUUAGCGAUGCCUAUGGUAAUACGCAGGCUGAUCACAGACAUACCAGUCGGGAACCUAAACAUGCCCCGUUAUCCAGUCUCUCAAUGAAUCAGUCAUGUAUGCUUCCUAAGACCGACAAUAUUUUCUGUGGUCCCUACCUUCAAUCACUGUGCCACGAUUCCUAUUAUUCACUUGCGGAGAAGCAUUGUAACCUGUACUUGUCCUGGGCGAUAUACUUGCCGUGGCAAUUUUGGAAUUAUCUGAAAACCCUGUACGAUUCCUUUUGCGGCAUAUCCUGCCAGGACUGGGGCUGCAGUGGUUGCUUAAGAGGCGACAAAUGCAAGACGGGCAAACACGGAACGGACUACAACUGCAGAUGCUGGAGUGUCGUCAAAUGCCGCGGGGUGCAAAGCACUUUCUACAGUUACGGAUUCACAUUCGGCGACGCUAAGACAUUGUUGGACGAAAAUGAACUGAGGUAUUGCCACGAUUUCUGCAAACAACUUGAGAAUAUUCUCAAUUCACAAUUUUUCAAGGACCUCCUCCAAAAGUGCGACGAAUUCAUUUUCACCAUCCGCGCACCGUUCCUGUGGAUGACCGUAGCACUUUGGUCACUAUCCCUCUUCUACCUCAUCUGCGUAAUGGUUGGCAGACUGGAUGUGCUCCACAUACGCUCACACCUGAGGAUACCGUCGUCGCACAGGAUAACGGCGCAAUCACUGUUGGCGGCAGCGCAAGUCGGAAGGCUUGCCAAGAUAUCGUACCUACAACCAUAA